AUGGGUGCUCCAAGAAUGUCAAUGCAACCUAGAUCAUUCAAUGUUCCACCUCCUCAAACACCAUUGCAAAAUCCCUACAUGAUGCUUUCUGUGAUCACAGGUGGUCAAAUACCGCCGCAAACAUCUGCGCCUGCUUAUCCCCAUCUCCACUCGCAAUUUCGGAAUCCCAAUCCAAACGCUUUAAUAAGAUCGAAUACGAUGAUACGACCACUUCCAAAUAUACAACCAGUAGGUCCUAUUGGUUCUCAAAGACAUUUCCAACAGCCGUUUCGACCAUCUUAUCCAGGUGGAAGCACGCGAUCAGGACCAAGUCCAAGAAUAACCUUAUACCCGAUGCCUUGCCCGUAUACCAUUAUCAGAAUCCCAAACUUUCCUGCUCUGGAUGGCAAAGUAGACGGCUGUUGCGAUAGAAAUUUAUGCUACGUAGGACGUGAAACUGUUCGACAACAAUAUUCCGGAGCAGCAGCCUAUUGGGGACCAUGGGGGUUCUGGUCGAGAUGCAGCGCACCAUGUGGAAAUGCUGUUCAAAAGAGAUAUCGUACGUGCGUUGGACCUCAACCUAUCUCGUGCGCAGGACCCAGGGAAGACAGGCGAUCGUGCUACAAUUUACCCCGAUGCAACGAAAAGACUUCAAAAUGGACUCAGUGGACCUCAUGUGACAGGUCAUGUGGAGGUUACCGCGUACGAACUAGAAAAUGUUUGAGUUCGAUAUGCCAGGGAGAGAUGAAAGAAAGAAAGGCCUGCCCAACCGAAUGCGCAAGAUCAAGAAAAAAAAAGAAAGAUGAGAAUAAGAGAAAGAAAAACUAG